AUGGAUGAGGAACAGUUCUUUACGCGCCCAACGCGCGAACUUACUGGCCUUUUCACCCAGACCAUUCUUCCCAGCCCUGUUGUACAGUGGAUUCUCCCUGCUCGUCUUCGCAGCAACCACCACAACGAUGUUGUUUUUGUGGGCCAGCGGCGAGUGCAGGUCAAAGAGGCUUCCACUAGUGGGUUCUUAGAAGAUGUGACUGAGAAGAUUGACUUUGAUCACUCCAUUAUCGGGGCCAAGGUCAUUGAUGUGAACACCGAACUUCCGUGGGAGACCCAGCUAGGAAGAACUGGUGCCGAUGAUCAAAUGCAUGACGACUCAGACUUCCUCGAUCGCGUCCCUUCUCAGCUUCUUGUUCUUUCUCUUGAGAUGAGAGAGCUUCAGUUCCUAUAUUGUCCAAUUUCGGGUGAUGACAAAUUUGUGACAUUUCGCCGGCCCUUGCCGGUUGAUGUCGAUCUGGCCGAAAGAUUCGGAAAGCACAUCGCCGUUGAUCCGAAGUCGCGAGCAGUCGCAGUCAGUGCAUCGAGCCACUAUUUCGGACUGCUUCUCCUCAAAUCCCCCAAGGAAAUCCAGCAGCAGAUGGCUGAUGGAAAACUCGAUCCUAUCAAAAGUGAACAUUUCUACAGCUGUGAUGGGAUCAUCCAGUUUAUGGAGUUCCUCUAUCCCAGAGCUGCCGACGACAAGAGAAUCAUUCUCCUCAUUGUCUCCUCUAGUGCUGAAGGCUCAUUUGCCAGAAUUCUCCAAUGGGAUGAUCGAGAUGCUACGAUGCUCCGUCCGGAGAUUGUCGAGUUUAAAUUUCGCAGGGAAGACAGGUUGCCCACGAUGAUUGUGCCGCUAACCAAGGAGUCUUCAUUUUUGGUUGUCACAAGCAUCUCCAUGGCAGUUUACCCUUCCGAUUCCUCACAUCCGCGACCAAUCAGAUAUCCGCUUAUAGCACCUGAUGCUACUUUCAAGGAGGUCUCGCUCUGGACCCAAUGGGCACGACCUGCACGCAACUGGCUUUACAGUCAAAAGUUCGAUGGAAUCUACCUCUGCCGCGAAGAUGGCUGGAUCUAUUACCUUGAAUUUGGUAAUGAAGGCGGUCUAGAAUCCCAGACUAGUUUGGGCCAGCUUCACUGCGAUGUCGACUCUGCAUUUGACGUCCUGGACAUGGGUCACGAGGGAGGUGACUUCAUUCUGGCCGCCGGAAGUAUGGGUGAUGGCGGUCUGUUUAUUCAAGAGGCACGAAAUAAACCUCAAUGUGUUCAAAGAUUCCUCAAUUGGGCUCCGGUAACAGACGCUGUCAUGGUGCCAUCCAAAACACAUGAAAAUGUCCAAUGCGACGUGUCGCGAGAUCGCCUAUUUGUCAGUUCUGCGUCAUCCGCCUCCGGGGGCAGCGCACUUCAUGAGCUUCGCCAUGGAUUUGAGGCUCAAGUAGGCUUCUCUGUCCCCCUUGAUGAUAUCUCCAGCAUCCGAGAUAUGUGGGCCUUUAGUGACGAUGCCAAUCGAGGCGUCUAUGUCAUGCUUUCUGACCCCAUGUCCACGCUGCUUCUCUACAUGAACCCCAGUCUUGAAGACGGCAUUAGUGCACUGGAUGAAACCGAAACAGGCCUUGAUAAUGCACAGACACUGGCUGCUGGCUGCACUCCCACAGGCAUCCUCGUGCAAGUCACACAAAAAGCCACGCACCUUUUUGUUCCUCAUAGUAUUUCAUCUAAUACCUCCAUCCCACAUCAGCCUAAAUCUACCGUCAUCGCUGUCACCGUUGAUGGUCCCAGCUCAACUGUGGUCACCGCCGUUCGACACAACAAUGAACUCGAGCUUACACUCACUCGGGUCGUUGUGAUUGAUUCCAAUGCUGGUCUGGACACCGUUCAGACCGUUAAAAUCGACAAAGAGCCCGUUUGCUUGUCCCUCCAAACACUAGGAGAUACAGCAUUCAUCUUUAUGGGCACUGGCGACGGCACGAUCCAAGUCUUCCACAUCGAACACGAGAGUAUUAAUUGCCUCUUGGAUGCCAGUGUCUCCAUUGAUCGGAAGGACGACAUUUCUCGAGCAAUAGAUAGUCUUGCACUGAUUCGCCAAACUGAUCAGGGUGUUCUGCGUGCUCAUCUGCUAUGUGGUCUGCGGAGCGGCGUGCUAGUGCCAUUUCAGGUUGACUUCAACGCCCCAACUCUUAUCGGUUUGAAUCAAGUAACACCGAAACAUGUGGGAAUGACCUCUCUUCGACUUCAAAGUCACGGUGCAUUCGCUAUGCUUAUCUGCGAUAGCGAGCUGUGGCGUGUAUCAACAAGUGCCGAUGGUGUCCCGAAUGACUGCUUCCUAUCGCGUGUUUGGAUCACUGAACAGAGUAAUCCUGCGUAUUUCCCUACCGCGAUCCAUGGCUUUGGCAUGAUCAGUGAACAGAGUCAUCAAGCUGGUCUUUCAAUAGGACCGUUGUUCUGUUUUGCAGAUCGACAGCUUCUAAUUUGCUCACUGGAUCGCGAACCCAAGAUUGUGCCUCGACGAAUUGGCGUGCCUGGCACGGCAAGGAAAUUAGUCUAUUCACCAUACCUUCACAGACUUAUACUUGCUUACGAUAAGGCUGAAGUCGAAGAACCCAGCAGACCCGGUGAUAUAACGACGCGAUCAUGCCUGGCAUUCGUCCUUCCAGACGCACAGGAACCCGUCAAUCCACUAGACCAACCCUUGAUGCCCCGCGCGUCUCCGGGAGAGAGAAUCAUCUGUAUGAUGGACUGGAUGUUCGAAAGAAAUGGGCAUAUGUAUCAUCUCAUCGUGAUAGGAACGGGGCUCUCGGCAACCGUCGAUUUCGGACCACGAGGCCGACUCAUCCUGAUGUCCGCACCCGGUGACCCACAGGAUCCUUCCCAGGUGCGAUUCGUGACCAAGCAUGUUCAGGACUGCCUUGACGGUCCGGUGCGAUCGAUUGCGGCCUAUGGCAAUACACUGCUUAUAUGUACGGGGAGGAUCAUUCGUCCCGUGGCUCCCAGUGGUGCGUCAAUCAAAUGGGCUUCCAAUAGCUGGCAGGAACUUCCUUCCCCAGCCGUGGCAAUUACCGUCUCAAAGCCAUUCGUCUACGUUACUACUGCUCGGCAUGGAUUUGUCGUCUUGGAAGUUCUUGACGAUGGAAAUGGGCAUCAUCUCUUGAAGUUGCGUGCUCAUGAUUCGAAGCCUCUUGAUGGACUUACUCACUACGUGACCGCUGGUGAGCCUUCUCUUGCCUUCUUAAGCACUCGCGGUGGCAACGUCCGGGCCGGAAGGCUUUCGAGCAAUGCUGGGCUCCGUAAUACCCAAGUAUUUGCGCCCCCGGCACCGGAAGAGGCCUCGGUAUGUGAUUCCAUCUUACAGUUUGUACCUAGCUCCAAGGGCGACAUUUUCCCGAAGUCGCCCAGGGAGAGAGGCGGUGCAAUCUACGGUAUCGCUCUUAAUGGAUCGGUCUGCCGAUUCUCCCUCCUACGAGAGGACGAGACACGCCUUCUACUUGCGUUGCAAGACUUAUGCCGAAAAGACGAAGCUCUCUAUACGUCCCUAGCUGCGCGCGAAAAACGCAAGAAGCCCAAUUGGGCCGAUCCCAAAAAGGACAAUUCCCAGGUGGACGGCGAUAUCUUGAUACGCCUGGCUCGGCAUAGGGCGGAUUACCUAGAAGAUCGAAUACACGCACUCGAUCACAAGCGAGGCUCCCCCAUCUAUGAGCCUUUUAUGCGAAAUGCAGCACUCAAAGCUCUGGGGCCUUCGGACAACUAUGCCCAGCAAGUCGUUGGUUGGCUUCGGCAGCUGCUUCAUGUCGAGAUCUGA